AUUGUAAGUAGCAAAGUACACUUCUGAGUUAGUCCCAUUUCAAACCAGCGACCUAUACAAACAGGUCCCUGACUAAACACAGUUGAAUUAUACUUCUCUGUUGCAUUUAUCGUUGAACAUAUAUCCGGAAUAUAACAAAUAAUUCUAGGCACCAAUGGAAAGUUUCCACAACACUUCUGGAAGUUACAACGAAACUUUAGAAAACGAUGUCAUAUUGGAACGCAUCCACAGAGACUUGAUCACCGGGUUAAUCCCUUUAAUGGUAUGGCUGGUAAUGGCAGGCGUUAUCGGCAUGGCGGGAAACAUAGUGACAAUCAUCUUCCACGGGUGGAAAUCGCGGCCCUCUUCCACCAUGGUGUUCAUUACUUGGUUGGCGGCUGCGGACCUACUUGUUUGUUUACUUAUGAUAGAACAGAUAGUUGAUUUACAUUUAAACGUUUACUUUACUAACCCCGUGUACUGCAAGACAAAAUAUUUCUUCAUUUAUGUUGGUAUUUAUUGGUCCGGCAUGUCGUUGACGCUUAUAUCAGUUGAUCGCUUUAAGAAGGUUUGUAGGCCGAUAAGCCAACAGUUUUCCGAGAAGUCAUCAAAAUAUGCAUCAAUGAUUGUUGUUUUAAUCGCUUUCAUUCUAAGUCUGCGCAUAGUAUUUGCUUUUGACAUUUCGGAGGUCGAAGUAAAUACGACAGACGGAUCUGGGCAAACUGCAGUUGGUCACGAUUGUUACUUCACAAAUGACAUCGACCUUAUACCGUUUGUGUCCGUUUGUCACGUAAUAGACUUUUUGUUUCUUCUUUUAUGUCUGACAACGAUGCUAAUCUGUUACGGACACCUGUUCGUUCACAUAAGAAAGCACAUUGAACAAAUGGCUGACAGGACCGGUGGAGUUGCCAUUGUUUCGUCAGCAUCUCACAAAGCAGAUUCGGCGCUUGAAAAUGCAGACCGGCGAAUAACAAUUAUGAUGGCGUUAAUAAGCGUGUUGUGUAUGAUAUGCUAUGUGCCAUACAUCGUUAUUAACCUAUACUUAGAGUUUAGCAGCAAUUCAGCUCAUAGAGAUGUCCUCAAUAUAGGCAUUGAGUUUGCAUUGCGACUUCCAUAUUUAAACAGUGUGAUUAACCCUAUCGUGUUUCUUUGUCUGAAUCCGAAAUACCGUUCUUUUGUUAAACACCAACUCUGUAAAUGCAAGGGAAUGUGAACAUCCAAUAAUGGUCGGAAUGCAAUUUCUGACAAUACAUUCCUGUCAAACUAAACAACAUUUAAUUUUAUAUAAUGUUUUUCUUGUCGCCUAUAUACAUCCAGACUUAAAUCAUAGCAAGUAAAGUAAACUUGUUAUUGAAAUAUAUGAAUACAAUAUACGUUGUACACGUUUGUGAAGAACUUUAAACAUUACUAAUCUGUUUCGUAGUGACCAAAUUUAGUUCCAUGAUCAGAGAACAUGAGAGAGUUGAAAUCUAUCAUUUAAAUGGGUUCUGUCAAAAUAGAUGUCUGUUGACAGCAGGUGAAAUACGCUCACGAGGCUAGUCGAUGUCCUUAUAUAAUGCAGAUAUAGUUAUCAUGUUGUAAAUAUGGUGUGCUAAAAACACGUAUACAUUUCAAAUUAGCGAUUGUUUAGUCAAGGAAGUUCACGUGUGUUGAAAACAUGAAAACACAAACGUGGUGAAACUCGUAUAACUCGAUGACAGAGUGGCAAUGUUGUAUUUUGCUUGUUGUUUAUAAUUGUUAUUUAACAAUAGCGGUUUCAGUUUAUUGACAGAAUCAGCAAAUACAUGCCUUUGGCCACAUACUAAACAAAUAUACAUAAGAUGACCACACAAAUGAAAUACUUACCAAAAAGCAUUUCACAUAAAUAGAUAAUUAAAUGAAAGUGUGGAUACAAAAUUGUUUUUCAACAAUAACAAGAAGCAACAAAGUAGCUAGCUAGCAAGAAAAUCAUUUCUGUUUAACAUAGCAUUGUAAAUUAAUUAGGAAAUAUUUCUUAAUUGUCUAGAGUUAGUACUGGACAUCAUAGAUGUGAAAUUGUUGACAGUAUAAAAGAUUGGUUUAGAUUAUACUUCAUUCUUAAAUCUAGAGAAAGCGUACUUAUACAUAAGGAGUGAUAUUCUGAUUCAACAACGUAACUGUUACACAGUUUGCAUUUCCUAAUUUCUCUAGCAAUGUUAUUGUAUCAAACAGUUUCAAUUUUUAAAGAAUGGGCGCUAAGUCUAAAUCUUUUAGAGCUUUUCUAUGCCCAUCAUUAUCAACACAUUCCAUAAUGUUUUUUUCGGAAAAAGGAGGAUUAAACAAAAAUGAAAAAUUGUCAUACAAUGUUAAUGAUAUUGAAGUUGUUGGUAACUUUAACUAUUUAGGCACGGUGUUGAAUUAUACUGGACAUUUUAAAUAAAACCAAGAACAUUUGGUUGGUAAAGCCCUUCAAGCAUUCAAUACAUUAUUGAUAAAAUGUCAUGACUUUGAUAUAAAACCGAAAAUAUUAUGUCAUUUGUUUGACACAUUUGUUAGUUCUAUAUUAAAUUAUGCUGCUUCUUCCUGUUUUUGAGCGAUGAGGAUCUGAAAUAUAAACUUUAAGAUGCUAUAUUCUUAAAUCUUUUUAUAAAAAGAAGGGAUGUAGUUGAUACUUGUUUGUAGUUUCAUUUCAUCGUUCCUCAAAAAAUUGUAACUCUGUUGCUCUGGUCUCUUUAAUACCACUGAGUAAUUAAAUGGUAAUUAAAUUGAAUGCGUUUUAAUUCCCUUUAAUUAUUGUUUAAUUUGAGUUGCAAUGCUCUGAGGUUCAAUUUUAUUUACACUUAUAUGUACGAUGAAUAUUGCUGAGCCAAGUGUGAGGUGGAGCGCUCUUAUAACCGGUUUAAACCCCCAAUGUUUUGCAUUGACCGUUCCAAGGCGGUGACCCCAGCUUUAUUCUCUUAUGAGUUUAUGUUUUGUAUUGUCCUGUUUUGUACUGUUUUGGCAAUUGAUCACUUGCCUUUAAUUAAGGACCGACUAAUUGUAUAUAAUGAGAAUACAAUACUGCUCCAGCAGCUGGAGUUUCACUUCUUUAUAUUCAGAAGUAUAGGGUUUCAUAAAGUCAGAUGACAUUGAACGCAUACAUUUAAACUUUUGCAAACGAUUGCUUCAGGUUAAAGUAAAUACAUGUUAUGUUGCUGUUUAUGGAUAAUAAGGUAGAUAUCCAUUGUAUGUAAACAGGUAUGUUAAAAUUAUAAAGUUUUGGUUUAAAAUUCUAUACAAUGAAAAUAUUAUUAUGAAAACAGUUUACAAACAAACUUUAAACGAUUGUAAUAAAGGUUUUUAAUAAUGGACCAUACAUGUUAAGAACAUGUUAAAUAACUAUGGAUUCGGUUAUGUAUUUGAAAUCCAAACGUUGUGCAAGUAAACAGUUUUGUUAGAGAGUUCAAAUGUACACUUGUUGAUAAUUUUAAACAAGAGUGGUAUGGUAAAAUGAAUUCCAGUACUAUUAUAGAUAUGUAUAAAGUUUAUAAAUGCUCUUUGGAAUACGAAGAAUAUUUAUACUUACUUCCUAGACGUUUGCGUUUAUUCUUUGUUAGAUUAAGAGUCUCUGCACAUCCGUUGAGAAUCAAGACGGGCAGAUAUGCUCAGAACAAAAUUCCACGAAAUGAACGUUAUUGUUCAUGUUGUUAUUCUGUUGAUCUAGAAGAUGAAUUCCAUUUCAUAUAGAUAUUAACCGCUGUUACACCGAUUUAAGAAAAAAGUAUAUUAGCCGUAUAUUUAUAUUAACCCAUCUGUGUAUAAAUUCCACAAGUUGUUAGUUUCAUGUGAUAUAUUAGAAUUUCGAAUGUAUGUAAAUACAUAAAAGAAGCUUCAGUUACUUGAAAUACGAUCCUAAAUAAUACUAUUUAAUAGAUUUCAUCACCCCUAGAUAGAAAUAACUUGUUCUUCCAUAUAUAUUUUUUUGUAUUUGAAGUUUUUUAUGUAACUUUAAUGUUACAUUAUGUUAUGUUGUUAUUCGUAUUCACGUGACAACACAUAUUUUGUAUAUUCUAGUAUGAAGACGAUGUACUAUUGUAUAAGUCUGAAUAAACUAUAUGUCUGUC